UAGCAUCGCCCUGCAAUUCGAUCUGCAGGAAGAAGUGCAUGAAUAAAUGUUAGAUUUGGAGCUCUGAUUUUCUAGCUGUUGCUGCCACUGUGGGGCGUCGAGGUGGGUUUUCAUCUACUAUCAGCAAUGGACAAGUCAAGUGCUUUGGAGUAUAUCAAUCAGAUGUUUCCCAAUGAGGCAUCUCUAUCCGGUGUUGAGCCACUUAUGCAAAAGAUACAGAAUGAGAUUCGCACUGUUGAUGCUGGAAUUUUAGCAGCUGUUCGCCAACAGAGCAAUUCAAGGACUAAAGGACAAAGAAGAGAUCUUGCUGCUGCUACAACUGCCGUGGAGGAACUAAUGUAUAAGAUCCGAGAAAUAAAAACUAAAGCUGUACAAAGUGAAACCAUGGUUCAAGAAAUAUGCCGUGACAUUAAGAAACUGGAUUUUGCCAAGAAGCACAUAACCACAACAAUCACUGCUCUUCACCGUCUUACCAUGCUUGUCUCUGCUGUUGAACAGCUUCAGGUCAUGGCUUCAAAACGUCAAUAUAAAGAGGCAGCUGCACAGCUGGAGGCUGUGAACCAAUUAUGUAGUCACUUUGAAGCCUAUAGAGAUAUUCAUAAGAUCAUUGAACUCAGGGAGAAAUUUAAGAGCAUAAAGCAAAUUCUCAAGUCACAUGUAUUUUCUGAUUUCUCAAGCUUAGGUACUGGAAAGGAGACAGAAGAAACUAAUUUGCUCCAGCAGUUGUCUGAUGCCUGCUUAGUGGUUGAUGCGCUAGAGCCCUCUGUUAGGGAAGAAUUGGUAAAUAAUUUCUGCAGCCGGGAGCUUACAUCGUAUGAACAAAUUUUUGAAGGAGCUGAAUUAGCAAAGUUAGAUAAAACGGAGCGAAGAUAUGCAUGGAUUAAACGACGAAUGAGAUCAAAUGAAGACAUCUGGAAAAUUUUUCCUUCUUCAUGGCAUGUUUCUUAUCGGCUUUGUAUCUUGUUCUGCAAGAAGACCAGGAAACAACUUGAGGACAUUCUUUCUAAUCUGAAAGAAAAGCCAGAUGUGGGGACCUUGUUGCUGUAA